GACCGCAUUCCAAGCAGAUCAGCCAUGUUAAAGGCGGAGGGUUAAAAAGAAAUACAUUUUUUAAAUAUAGAUAUACGAGCUGUUUGUUUUCAUUCGUACACGCUCCCAAAUCGACGUCAACCGGGAGCGUGGAAGCAGUGGAAUGAAAAUUAUAUUCAGUUGUAGAAAAACUAUGGAUCCUCAAAACAGUGUCCAGGAUGUGCACCGAUGUGACCUUUGUGAGACCGCCAUAGUACACAGCUACUGUGACUUUUGUCAUGUCAACCUUUGCAUAGCUUGUAUUGGCAAACAUAUCUCAAAUGGGUAUGACAAACAUAAAAUAGUCCCUUUCCAGGAACGCAGGUCAACCCUCAUCUAUCCGAUAUGUAGAACACAUUCACACAAAAAUUGCAAAUUUCAGUGCAAAGAUUGCGAUAAAAUAUUUAUUUGUUCUUCAUGUACUGCAUCUGAACAACACAGAGGGCAUACAUUCCUAGAAGUUUCAAAAGUUUACAAUACAAAAAAAGAAAUAAUAGGAAAAGAUACAAAGGAAUUAGAAAACCUUAUUUCUCCUACAUAUGAAAAAAUUGCACUGGAUUUAGAAAGUCACCUUGCCAACCUGGAUGGGGGAUAUGAGAAACUUACGACAACAAUUUCCAAACAAGGAGAGCAAUGGCACAGGGAAAUCGACACCAUCAUCAACAAAAUGAAAACUGAAAUCAGCGAGAUAAAAGUGAAACACACAGCUAUUUUACAGAAAUAUUUGGUUGAAAUCAAACACACACAGUCUCUUAUAACAAAUACAUUACAAGCCAUAAGAAAAAUCGAACAAUCCACUGAAGUAUCUUCUACCAUUGAAUACAGAUCUAAGCUCACAGAAUUAAGAAAACUUCCACCCAAGGUUCAGGUAUCACUGCCAACAUUCAUUCCAAAACCAAUAGACCGUGAGACACUGUGUAGUUUGUUUGGACAUAUCACCCCAUUAUCGACUGACACUGAGGAGAAUGUCUUGUCACUGAAUCAAUCAAAAACCUCAGUUAUAGAACUCCUUGGUGAACCAGUGCUUGUUGCCACAAUACAGACUGGGUAUCAAAAUCUACGCAGUGUUGCCUGUCUCAAUGAUGACUGUGUUUGGACAUGUGGAUUGACAAAUGAUAUGAAAUGCUUCAGCACUAUAGGUUCACUCCUCCAGACAGUCAAAACCAAAUCAGAAGAAAGACCCAGUGAUAUAGCUGUGGACAAGGAUGGGAAUCUUCUGUACUCCAUUCGGACAGCAGGGACAGUGUUCAAAGUAAAGAAUGGACAAACAAAAGAUUUUAUCAGAUUACAUGGAUGGGGACCAUGCAAUCUGUGUGUCACCUCUACUGGUGAUCUCCUGGUUACCAUGUGCCGUGAUGAUAAGACUCAAUCCAAAGUUGUCCGUUUCUCGAAGUCUACAGAGAAACAAACAAUUCAAUUUGAUGAUAAAGGUAAACCUCUGUACUCAGGGAAUGAUAAAAUAAAAUACAUCUCAGAGAACGGAAAUCAUAACAUCUGUGUUGCUGACUGGUAUGCUCAUGCAAUUGUCGUGGUUAAUCAGGACGGGAAACUCAGAUGGAGGUACACCGGCCAUCCCUCAGUUACCGGGAAGAAAUCAUUUGAUCCUUGUGGUAUCACAACAGACAGUCAAAAUCGUAUCCUGACAGCAGACAGUGACAACCAUUGUAUCCACAUUCUUGAUCAGAAUGGCGAGUUUCUGAGUUACAUUGAUAAAUGUGAUCUGAAGGAUCCUUGGGGUGUAUGUGUGGACAAUAAUGACAGUUUGUUUGUGUGUGAGUAUUACAAGAAACUACACAUUGGACAUAGGUUUGUAGAUGUUAAAGAGGCGUACAAGAUGAUGAAAGACGCCAUUAAAAAGGAUGCAGAAGAAUUAGAAAUCCACAUUUCUCCUGUAUAUGACGAAUAUGCACUUGAUUUGAUGAAUCAGCUUGCAAACCUGGAUAGAGAAUAUGAAAAAGUUACAACGGCAAUAUCUAAACAAGGAGAGGAAUGGCACAAAGAAAUAGAUUAUGUUGUCGAAAGAAUGGAAAAUGAAAUCAGCAAUAUAAAGGUUAAACAUCGAGAAGAUUUACAGAAACAGUUGGAUGAAAUCAAACAUUUACAGUCUUUGAUGAAACAAACUCUACUGACCUUAAGAGAAAUUCAGGAAUCUACAGACGUUUCAUCGACCAUCGAGUAUAACUCUAAAAUCACAGAGUUUAGCAAGUCUCCAACAAGGUUUCUGUAUUCAAUGCCAACAUUCAUGCCGAAACCAAUAAGUCACGUAAAAAUCUAUAGUUAUUUUGGUGAAAUUACACCACUACGGACAACUAGAGAGGAACCUGCUGUGUCAGCAAAACCAGAAAAUACUUUAGGUGGAGAAUUACUUGCUAAACCAGAACUGACAAAAAUAAUCCAGACUGGGUAUGAAGAACUGCGCAGUGUUGCAUGUCACAAUGAAGAACGAAUUUGGACGACGUGUGGAAAGACAAAUGAUAUCAAAUGCUUUAAUAUUAAGGGUUUUCUUCUUGACACAAUCAAAUCAAAAUCUGGAAAAUGGCCGAAUGAUUUGACUUUAGACAAAGAAGGGAAUCUACUGUUUUCUGAAGGGACAAGACGAACGGUGACUAUAAUUAAGAACGGAGAGACAGAGGAGUUGAUUAGAGUACAGGGGUGGAUGCCUAAUACCCUGUGUGUCACCUCUUCGAGUGACCUCCUAGUUUCCAUGUACAAUAAUGAAAAAGAUCAAUCCAAGGUUGUUCGUUACACGGGAUCUACAGAGAAACAAACCAUUCAAUUUGAUGACGAAGGUAAACCUCUGUACUCGGGAAAUAAUGGAAUCAAAUACAUUACCGUAAACAAAAACGGUGACAUCUGUGUCUCUGACUGUAAGGCCGGUGCGGUUGUGAUUGUUGAUAAGGCCGGGAAUUUUAGGUGUAAAUAUACUGGCUAUCCAUCACGUACCAAGAUCUCUCUAUUUAAGCCCUUUGGUAUCACGGCAGACAGUCAAAAUCGUGUCUUAAUUGUAGAUAGAAGCAACCAUUGCAUCCAUAUUCUUGACGGAAAUGGAGACUUUCUUCGUUUUAUUGAUAACUGUAAUCUAAAAGAUCCUUUGGGUUUAUGUGUGGACAUUUAUGACAAUCUGUUUGUGUGUGAGUUUUACAAAGGCUAUAUAAAGAGAAUCAAAUAUUGUUAAACAUGCACACAAAAGAUAGUUGGUUCGAUCUACAAGUACAGAAAUACUUUGCUGUACAUAUACUAGUAUUGCUGCGCUAAUAGUAACUGUAUACAUUUACAUCAUUAAUCUUAUGAAAUACAUUGAUUUAACUAACAAUGAUUGCAAUGCAAUAUACAAAAGCAAAAUUAUUUCCUCUUCCGCGCAUCUUUCUCAAUUGAAUUCAUUUGUUCCUUAUUUACAUGUGUUUUAUUAAUUUUUUCACUUCCGUCUUAUGUAAUUCAGUUUUAAUGCACUUUUAUAUACUUUUCCGUUUCAUUACUUUAAAUUUUGUUUCCAUUACAUUAUCUAAUGAUCAUACUCCAUAAUCACAGUUGUUUACGUCCUUUUGAGAGAAUAUUGAACAUUUUAUGGUUAUUAUCAAAAUUGAGAGCAAUUUGUAUUCUCAGUAACUCGCUAAUACUCUAUCUAAAAAUUUAACUUUUUUCAAAAAUAUUUAAGAUAUAGAAAAUGUAUUUUUGAACAGAAAAUGUUUUUUUUUUAUAUUUGCUUACACAAACCUAUUACCUAAAUGCUUCUUUAUCAAAAGUAAAUCUAAAAGUUCAAAAUAUCAAAUCCAUAAUUUUUUAAAGUUUCAUUAUGCAUUCUGGUUUUAACAUUAUCUGCAUAAGAAACCUUAUUGAUGAAACUCCAAUGGCUACCAGGUAUCUAAGAACAAUGCAUUUUCAGCAAUAAUCCUCGAAUGUAAAUGAAAUCAAUGCUUAAAGAUUUUAAUAUCUUUAUGUUAAAUUCAACAGUGGAGACACAUACAUGCACAUAUGUUAGUGGAAUUGAGAUUAACUAAUUUGGUAGGGAUAUAAGGAAAUUCAUUAAUUCAUUAUUAAGUAACGUGAGUGUUGCCAUGACAAUCCUUGAUUCCUGUUAGGAGUGACAGACACCAGUUGUCUGAAAUAAUGAUUGGCUUAUUUAAGGAAUGAAUUCAAUAUUUAUUUGUUUUAUACGAUAUAAAAUGGUUUAGGGCAGUUUACGCUUUAUAAUCCGUGAAACGGUUUAUAAAAAAGCGUAAACUGUUUCAAACCAUUUUUAUCGUAUAAAACUAAUAACUAUUGAAUUCAUUGCUUAUAAUUUAUUUUUUUUACUCUUCAUUAUAGAUAAAAACGGUCAUUUGACCUUUAAAAUGACGUAAAAUUGUACAAAAUUGAAACGUAAAGUCAGGCGUAUUGAUACUUUUUGACGUUUGUCUCACUAUGACGUAGGCAACAUUCUUUAUACGAUAUAAGAUAUUUUUAGCCAAUCUGAAAGCGCGUAACAACCAGAAAUAAAUUAUUUCUUUAAUUAUAUUACGAAGUUUUUUUUUCAAUUUUGUUAAACUCUCUCGAAUCUAUUUGCAUUAAACAAGCCAAAUCCUGAAUAAUGCAGUUAAGUGAAUCUCAAGAACGUGUCACAUUAUUACUGAUUGUGGUUUUUUUCUAGUUUCUUAAUUGACAGAAUUAUUUAUUAAUUGCCAAUGCAUUGUAAUGGGGACCAAACACAAUACAAGUUGUUUUACGAAGCGUUUAAAUAUUUACAAUAUAAACAUGGAUUAAUAUUAUAUUUUGUAUUGCAAAGAAUAGAGAUAUAUUAGCGAAUAAAUGUAAGUUACACGUAUUUGCAGGGAAUUGUGUUCGUAAAUGUAAACCUCCGAAAAAUAUUAUUGUGGCUCAAAUGAGAGGAGAUACCUGCCUUUGUUUUCUCUGUUUUUAUUUCAGAACAAGGAGUAGCAAAUCUCCUAAUUAUAUGUUAAUACCAACCUUUUUAUUUUUAUUUGA